AUGGCCGUUGGACGGUUCGGCAAUCGCGCCAUUGCGAAGCCGUCGCGGGACGUGAGACCAAUUGGCGUCAUGAUCGACGUGUCGCAUGUCGAGACCGGCGCUCCUCCGCCGAGCGGACGUCCUGGGCAACGGACCGAGAUACUCCUGGGCCCCGCCGAGCGUGGCCCCGCUGAAGAGUGGCCGGGAGUGGAUCUUACUCCGUCUGUGUCUUCCUCCGCCGGAGACCCUUCCGUUCAACCCCGGAGACCCUGGGGAGGACGAGCUCACUUGCCACCCUGCGCGGGAGAUGCCGAAUGA